AUGUCCUACCUCAUCUUGGGCCCAGGAGCCUCCAACAACCUCUCCCCCAAGAGGGAACCCGCUCACCGCCCCCCUGUGGGCGUGGCCAGAACAAGCCCCUCCCACACCUGCUCCCGCACCUGCGGGCGGCCUCGUGGACCCACCCGGGGCUGCCAGGAACCGUCCCGCUCAGGAAGUCGCCUUCCGGCCCCGGCUCAGCCCACGGCAGGCCCCAGGCCCCAGGGUCGCCACCGCCACCGCCUGUCCCACUGGCUGCAGAGGCUGCAGCAGGCCCCCGAGAAGGUGAGUGGGUGGCAGAAGACGGAGGUGGAGCAGCUGGGCCUGGCCACGGCAGCCACUGAGCCCCUGUCCCCACAGGAGUCCCCCGCCUGCCUCCAGGCCUCCGUCACCUUCAACCUCCUCCGCCUCCUGGUGCGCGAUCUGAAGUGUGUGGCCAGUGGACACCUGUGCGUCUGACCCACACCCUGCUGCAUGUCCCCGCCACUUAGAUAUCAUGAGGCCCUUCCAUCGCGGCCUCCAGAGGUAUUUGGUUGUAAAGUCCCCAAAAGAUGUUUAUUCUUGUGAUUUUUAUGCACUUUGUGGAAAAUAAA